AUGGCCAAUAAACCUUCAGAGGCCGUCUCUGUCGGGGCUGGUGAUGCAUCACCACCGGCCGUUGCAGCCUCGUCGACGUCCAAGAUGAGAAAAAGAACCAAAACCGGCUGCCUCACAUGCCGGAAGCGUCGCAUUAAGUGUGGGGAGGAGCGGCCGACUUGCGGAAACUGCAUCAAAUCAAGGCGACAGUGCGAGGGCUACAAUCAGCGCGUAGUCUUCAAACCGCCGAUUGGAGACUGGCCAAAUCAUCCAGGAGUGGUCAGCACUAUUCAAUAUCACACUUCCUCGCUCCCUGGAUCAGGCAAUCAGCAACAUAGAGCGCCCGAGCAACCCGUACCUCCGCAAGAGAAUCUGCACAUCUCGAUAGGGUCCCAUUCUUCAAUUGAAUUCGACUUCCCCACCGUGGACCAUACUCCUGGCGUUCAACAUGGCGGCUAUGGACACAAUCCAGCAUACCAACAGCCCCUGCAGUCACCACUUUACCAGCAGCCACUUCAUUCCCCUCGUCAUCCGUUACCAAUGUCUGCGACAACGUCAUAUUUUGCCCAACCUACGCCAGUCCACCCAAGUGCGCCCCCUCAUUUCACGCAUGAUACAAGCGGUAGCUAUCAAGAGACUCUCACGUAUGACCCUAGUGCAACAUAUCCACCAGGAUCGGUUGCGUACGACAACAAUACGGAAUCUAGGCCCACAUUUGCUCAGAAUCUAGCACAUCCUUCGCUUUAUCAACAACAGUACUCCUCGGCCACUCAGCAAGACAUUGGAGGCCUGUACCGUUCACAAUCGAACGAAUCACCUCAAAAUGUUCAGUAUGCUCGAUAUACAGAGUCACAAUCAGUACUGCAGCGAUAUGAUGGUAACCCGCUGGCCCCCAUUCAUUCGCUUCAUGCAGACUCAGCGGAUAUGAGCCAAGCUGGGUCUUAUAAUCUUUCUUCAGCUGUUUCCCAUGCUGAUUUUAGCCAUGCAAGCUAUUCGUCUGUCCAAUUACCCACUCAUGAUCUAACGCCAGAUACAAAGUAUAUGCCACAACCUGUCCUCGAGCAACCUGUUGCCGUGUCUCAAAUACGAAAAAGUCAGCCUGAACUCCUACUCAGUGGCUUUGGUGGCGCAGAUUACGCCAGUCCUACACAGAUACUCGACGAGGCCGCUAUCGAGAACGCAGACGACGACUACUGGGAUGUACAAUCUGACGAUGAGAUGCUCGACAUGAACAUUAGCGACGAGGACGCCCUGUUAGCAAGCUCAGAAUUUAGCAUCAUACGUCGGAUACACAACGAGAAUUUCAACGAAUUGGGGAUUCGUCGUUACGACGCUUUCCUUUAUGAUGGUCUUUUGUCGCAUUACAAACCAGAGUAUGCUGCGAGCCCGUUGAGGAAUCCAAAGACUGCUCGAGUAUUCGCGCAUUACAUCCAUGUUACAGGGCCUACAUUGUCCAUAUACGAGCGAAACCCCAGAAAUCCUACUUUGAUCUUCGAAGGGGCAGCACCUCCCGCUCAACAAGGCCUAUGGACCUAUAUAUUACCUCUGAAAGCCCUUGCGCACCAGGGAUUGCUGCACGCUAUGUUAGCACUUGCAAGUCUACACAUUGCCCGACUACAGGGGGCGUCUGUCACGCCAUCCUACAAGCACUACGCAUACUCCAUCAAGCGCCUCGUGCGUUCACUCGGGAAUGCGAAGAAACGUCUAUCAGUAUCCACUCUAGCAACCUCGAUGCUACUAGCUUACUAUGAAGUUUGGAUGGCAGAACACGUCAAGUGGUCUACACAUUUAGUCGGAGCACAGAGACUGAUCACAGAGCUCGACUUCCGUUCACUCACUCGCGAGGCACGCCGACUUAAGGCGGCACAGACGGCGGAGGAGCGCCACUCGAUGCCAGAUUGA